AUGACGUCCGCGUCGACGUCCUCGCGCGCCGUGGUCGGACGCAUCGUCGGUCGACGCAGGGUGAGCGCGAGGUUGGCGUUUUACGACCUCUUGGUCGAGGCGAGCGCGACGGUGGCGUGGUCGACGACGACGGACGACGGCGACGACGCGUCGCGCGGCGGACGUCUCGGUGAUCGCUCGUCCUCGGCGUCGCUCGAGGGGUUGGGUCGAUCGGAAUCGGUCGUCGUGGAGUUGGUGGUGAAGCUCGGCGCGGAGGCGUUCGCGGAUGAGGACGCGCUCGCGGCGGCGAGACGAGAGGCGUUCAAGCUAGGGAACGUGGUCGACGUCGUGGGAAAACUCACGCGAGGACGACGGGACGGACAAACGAAGUCGCGUUCGACCGCUGCGUGGGUACUGACGUGCGAGGGGGUGAACGAAGUCGUCGAGGCGUGGGCCACGGCGAACCCGGGAAAGUGCUUCGCCAGGGAGCUCUACGUGCGACCGGCUGCGCCGAGGGAUGACUCCGCGGAGUCCAAACCGGGAGACACGCCGGCACCGUGUAAGUUUUUCAUCAAUAAUGGAUACUGCGCGAAGGGCGACGCGUGCAAGUACGCCCACGAUCGCGCGGUGCAGAGGGAGUGGAUAGCGGCGAGGAAGGCGAAACGUCGAGAAAUCGCGGCGACGCAAUACGGAGACCCGCAUGGAGAUGCGGUAGCGAAUAAGAGCGCGCGCGCUGUGAAAUUCGCCGAGUGGUUGAGAGGAAAGUUUGGCGAUGAUGUAUUGAAUGCGGGCACCGGGAUCUUGGACGUCGCGGGCGGUCGAGGUGACAUUUCGUUCGAACUCUUCACCAAGCAAGGCAUCAAGAGCACGCUCGUCGAACCUCGGGCAAGAAAGCUCAACAAACAGCAGCACAAAUGGCUCAAGGCGAGGGAGAAAAAGUUCAAGACGGAAUCGGACGACGGCGCUUCGUUCCAGAAGCCCGAGCUAUGCGAGCAAAUUAAGACGGAGUUCACGAGCGAGAACUGGCACCUGUUCAAGGACUGCUCCGUCGUCAUCGGCAUGCAUCCGGAUCAAGCCACGGAAGCCAUCGUCGAUUUCGCGAAUCUAUACGACAAACCGUUCGCGAUCGUGCCGUGCUGUGUGUUCCCAGAGUUGUUUAAUCACAGGCGAGAUCGUCAAGGUGCGCCGGUUACCGAAAGGAUGGCGCUCGUGGAAUACCUCGCCGACAAAACUGGGGGAAGUGUCGAGUACCUUGACAUCGAGGGCGCAAAUCAGGUUGUGUUUCGGACUAGCUAG